AUGAAUUGCCAGAAAGCAGACAAUCUCCCCCUUCUGUAUCUUUCAGACUCGACAUCAUGGCUACAGUACUUGUCAUCGGCGCAUCAGGCAGGGUGGGCUCCCACGUCGUCAGAGCUGCUUGAUGCUCACCACGAGCACGAGGGCAUCACGGUGCGACUGGCGACUAGCCGUGCCGAGGUGGCCGAGCAAUGGCGUCAAGAAGGACGACAGGCUGUUAUUCUGGAUCUCGAUAAGCCUCAAACUCUUCCGGCAGCAUUAGACGGUGUCGAAAGAGUCUUCAUGGUCACUGGCUACACGGCGGCUAUGCUAUAUCAGGGCAAAAUAUUCAUCGACGCCGCUGAACCUGCUGGGGUCAAGUUUGUCGUCCAUCUUGGUGUCUACAGCUCGGGCAACGAUGCCAUUCCUCACUAUGUUUGGCACGAUAUGGUCGAGACCUACAUUAAAGCGUCUAAGCUAGCAUGGACCAACCUUCACCCCAAUGUCAUCCUGGACUCUGUCUUAGUGACCGAACCAUCCACAAUUGAGCAGCGCUCUUUCAAUGUGAUGUGGGGAGAAGCCGCACUAGGCUGGGUUUCCGCUGCUGACAUCGGCACCGUCGCUGCUUCGCGAAGGCCCGGAGAAGCACGCUGGCGCCGAUUACAGCCUUAG